AUGUGGAGCUGGAAGUGCCUCCUCUUCUGGGCUGUGCUGGUCACAGCCACACUCUGUACUGCCAGGCCUCCCCCAGCCUUGCCUGAACAAGCUCAGCCCUGGGGAGCCCCUGUGGAAGUGGAGUCCUUCCUGGUCCACCCUGGUGACCUACUGCAGCUUCGCUGUCGGCUGCAGGACGAUGUACAGAGCAUCAACUGGCUGCGGGACGGGGUACAGCUGGUGGAAAGCAACCGUACCCGCAUCACGGGGGAGGAGGUGGAGGUGCGGGAUUCCGUGCCUGCCGACUCUGGCCUCUACGCUUGCGUGACCAGCAGCCCCUCUGGCAGCGACACCACCUACUUCUCCGUCAAUGUCUCAGAUGCUCUCCCCUCCUCGGAGGAUGACGAUGAUGACGAUGACUCCUCGUCGGAGGAGAAAGAGACGGAUAACACCAAACCAAACCGUAUGCCCGUGGCUCCAUACUGGACUUCCCCAGAAAAGAUGGAAAAGAAAUUGCAUGCAGUGCCAGCCGCCAAGACAGUGAAGUUCAAAUGCCCUUCCAGUGGGACCCCUAACCCCACGCUGCGCUGGUUGAAAAAUGGCAAAGAGUUCAAACCUGACCACAGGAUUGGAGGCUAUAAGGUCCGUUAUGCCACCUGGAGCAUCAUAAUGGAUUCCGUGGUGCCCUCUGAUAAAGGCAACUACACCUGCAUUGUGGAGAACGAGUAUGGCAGCAUUAACCACACCUACCAGCUCGACGUUGUGGAACGGUCCCCUCACCGGCCCAUCCUGCAGGCCGGGUUGCCUGCCAACAAGACAGUGGCCCUGGGCAGCAAUGUGGAGUUCAUGUGUAAGGUGUACAGUGACCCACAGCCCCACAUCCAGUGGCUAAAGCACAUCGAGGUGAAUGGGAGUAAGAUUGGUCCAGACAACCUGCCUUAUGUCCAGAUCUUAAAGACGGCCGGAGUUAAUACCACCGACAAAGAGAUGGAAGUGCUUCAUUUAAGGAAUGUCUCCUUUGAGGACGCUGGGGAGUAUACGUGCUUGGCGGGUAACUCUAUCGGACUCUCCCAUCACUCUGCAUGGUUGACCGUUCUGGAAGCCUUGGAGGAGAGACCGGCAGUGAUGACCUCACCCCUGUACCUGGAGAUCAUCAUCUAUUGUACGGGGGCCUUCCUCAUCUCCUGCAUGGUGGGGUCUGUCAUCAUCUACAAGAUGAAGAGUGGCACCAAGAAGAGUGACUUCCACAGCCAGAUGGCCGUGCACAAGCUGGCCAAGAGCAUCCCGCUGCGCAGACAGGUGUCAGCUGACUCUAGUGCAUCCAUGAACUCUGGGGUUCUGCUGGUUCGGCCCUCGCGUCUCUCCUCCAGUGGAACCCCCAUGCUGGCUGGCGUCUCCGAAUAUGAGCUUCCUGAAGACCCUCGCUGGGAGCUGCCUCGAGACAGACUGGUUCUAGGCAAACCCCUGGGAGAGGGCUGCUUUGGGCAGGUGGUGUUGGCUGAGGCCAUUGGGCUGGACAAGGACAAACCCAACCGUGUCACCAAAGUGGCUGUGAAGAUGUUGAAGUCGGAUGCAACAGAGAAAGACCUUUCAGACCUGAUCUCAGAAAUGGAGAUGAUGAAGAUGAUCGGGAAACACAAGAAUAUCAUCAACCUGCUGGGGGCCUGCACACAAGAUGGUCCUUUGUACGUCAUUGUGGAAUAUGCCUCCAAGGGCAACCUACGGGAAUAUCUGCAGGCCCGAAGGCCUCCUGGGCUGGAAUACUGUUACAACCCCACCCACAACCCAGAGGAGCAGCUCUCCUCCAAGGACCUGGUAUCCUGUGCCUAUCAGGUGGCCCGAGGCAUGGAGUAUCUUGCCUCUAAGAAGUGCAUACACCGAGACCUGGCCGCCAGGAAUGUCCUGGUGACGGAGGACAACGUGAUGAAGAUUGCUGACUUUGGCCUAGCCAGGGACAUUCACCACAUUGACUACUAUAAAAAGACGACCAACGGCCGACUGCCUGUGAAGUGGAUGGCGCCUGAGGCAUUGUUUGACCGGAUCUACACCCACCAGAGUGAUGUGUGGUCCUUUGGGGUGCUCCUGUGGGAAAUCUUCACUCUGGGCGGCUCCCCAUAUCCUGGUGUGCCUGUGGAGGAGCUUUUCAAGCUGCUGAAGGAGGGUCAUCGUAUGGACAAGCCCAGUAACUGCACCAAUGAGCUGUAUAUGAUGAUGCGGGACUGUUGGCAUGCAGUACCCUCUCAAAGACCUACCUUCAAGCAGCUGGUGGAAGAUCUGGACCGCAUUGUGGCCUUGACUUCCAAUCAGGAGUAUCUGGACCUGUCAAUGCCCCUGGACCAAUACUCUCCCAGCUUCCCUGACACCCGAAGCUCUACCUGUUCCUCAGGGGAGGAUUCUGUCUUCUCUCAUGAGCCGUUGCCUGAGGAGCCCUGUCUGCCCCGACAUCCAGCCCAGCUUGCCAAUGGCGGACUCAAACGACGCUGA